ACAAAAAUGUACUAUUAUGGAUGCAAGUUGGGAUUUGCAUCCACUAAAUAAUCAAAAAUUAAUUGGGAAGGAAUUCGUAGGGAAACACCAUGCCUCACAAGACAGAAGUCAGACCAGCCCCAGCAGACAUUAUCGAGUGUCAAGCUGCCGCAUUUGAAUGGGCUGAGAGCUACGAUAGUAAAGACUGGGACCGUCUUUCAAGAUGCCUCGCACCCGAACUCUACAUUGACUACCGCACCGUGAUGGGAAUGAUUUGGGAAAAAAUGCCAGCUGCAGAGUUCCUCGGCAUGGCUUCCAGCCCCAGGUUUCUUGGUAAUGCUCGCAUCAAGACACAACAUUUCAUGGGCCAGACAAAGUGGAUCCAGAAGGAACCUGGUUACAUCAUCGGACACCAUCAAAUGCGUGUAGCGCAUCAGAAGUAUGAGGAUGAUGCGCUUACGCAGGUGCUAUACAAGGGUCAUGCGCAUGGGAAUGCUACUUUACAUUAUCGUCAGGUCGACGGUGAGUGGAAGUUCGCAGGCCUUGAACCUGGUAUCCGGUGGUCUGAGGGUGACUACGGGAAGAUUUUCGAACAGUGAUAGUACCGCAGAGUUGCUAGUAGUACAAUAUGAAUACAACAUAUUUGGCCAGAUAUUGGCGCGCUGUAUCACAAG